AUGUUCGACGCAUUGCCCUCCAACACCGCACCGGAAGCUGCCGACGCCGCUUCUGUCGAACGUGCCGCGCUCGCGUACGAGCGAGUGCGGCGUGACAAUGAGCUGCAGCGCUACUUGCAGACCCGAAAAGCUUACGAAGUCGCGUGCAUUGCACGCGGGCGUUGCCUACUUGUCCUGCAGUCACACAACCAGACGCUGCGCCUACUUCAGCAGGUGAUUGGAGAUGUGAAGACUGCUCUAGAGGCCACACUGAAGAAAAGGUUACUAGUGCGAGAGUCCACUGUCACCGCUGCGGAGACGCUGGUGGCAUCUUGUUGCUACAAAAAGGCUGAGCAAGGCCUUGUGGCUUUGCUGACGCGUGAGAAGCGCCACAAUGAACUGCUACAGGUCGUCGACUCACCUACACGGCCGCCUGCCACUGGGACUCCUCCAAUACCGCAGAUGUUUUCAACUGUUUCUCGUGCUGACGAGCCUGUCGCACCAUCGUCUCAGAGGUUCAUGAUGCGUCCACUGCUCACCCUGGCCGAGUUGCAACUGCACUACACGCCUCUAUUGCUCCACCAACGCCUGCCGCUCUUUUCAGAGUUGGCGCGUGCUCAGCGGCUGGUGUACGGCUAUCGUGGGAGCCCCAGAGUGGCGCACGCGCUCGCGGCCGCACCGACAUCUGUGCUGCAGCAGUGCCGAGUGCAAGUUUUGCAAGCCCGGGCCUCGCUUGCUAGCGCGAGCGCAACUCAGCAGUCUCUAAAGGAGCGUCUUUACCACCUACAACAGGUACUGCGCCGAAGCAGACCUGUUCACGCCGGCAGCGGCGUGUAUCUGGAUGACGGUGUGGCCGAGGAAAUUCAAGCACAACUUCGCCGAGAACUCGCCGUCGGUUGCGUCACGCUGCUACGUAUUCUCUGCGAGAAUGGGAGUGACGCGUUUGACGAGAGGGGGCGACUGAGGACUGCCUGA